AUGUCAAAUACGCCUCGACAGCGCUCGAAUUCCAAUGUGUACUUCCAGCGAGCGCAUCCUCGUUCCAUAUUCGCAGAAAAUGAGGACUCGCACUCACCAAAUGUCAAUUCCUUCGUGACGAAGACGAGGAGAAGGAUGCGCUCUCGCCGAUUCCUGGUGUUGACUGCUCUUGUGACUCUGGCUGGCUUCACUCUGCUCUACUUGAGAGGUCCAAGAUUUCCAGACACAGAACAAUACAGACAUUCAUUGUCAGAGCUAUUGCCUCAGACUCCUACCCCUCUGCCAUUGCCACACACGGAACUUCGCAAGCCAGAACCGCCCCAGAUAGGGUCUGGCCACCCAGUAUGGCAAUUGAUCAAGGACAAUGAGAAGAAGUUCGAGGAAGAAUGGACAGGGCAGUCGAAGACGCUGGCGGCAGCAGUUUCAAAAUACCGGAAACGAUAUGGUAUUCCUCCGCCACCAAAUUUCGACAAGUGGUACGAAUUUGCAAAGGCAAAAGGAGUUCAAAUGAUUGACGAAUACGACACGAUACACGAAAACUUAUUGCCCUUUUGGGGCUUAAAACCAAAAACGAUACGACAGCGGGCUCAGGAAGGGUUGGGACAUGACCCAAAUAAUUUAAUGGGAGUGUUGAUUAGGAAGGGACAGGUGAAGUUCGUUUCCGGAGCUGGAGAAUGGCAGAUGGAAGCUACAGCGGGGAUGAUGAAGCAUUUUGUGAAAUACCUGCCGGAUAUGGACUUGGCGUUCAACAUACACGAUGAACCUCGAGUUAUUGUGCCGCAUGAUGAUCUGUCGAGACUGGUUCAAAUAGCGAAGGAUACGAAGAUGCCAGCUGCAAAUGCUGUUGAGAAGCCAAGGAAUUCGUGGUCGAAAAGACCAGUAGACUUGAGCGAUGGUUCUCGUUUUGAGGAUGUCAAGACUACAAGGUUUAAUGUGUUUGCACAUCAACCAACAUGGACACAUUCAAGGAUGUCAUGCUCGCCAAGAAGCCCUGCAAGAUUAUCUUUAGAGGACGAGCUUGCACCUGACAAUGUUGACAGUUACGCCGUUGGGGAAUUGGGAUUCAUCUACAACGAAACUGCAUUUUCGGACGUCUGUGAAUCACCAUCCCUCAGCCACACCUAUGGUUUCUUUGACCGUCCAAACGCAUUCAACAUCGUCCAUGAUCUCUUCCCAGUUUUCUCUCAAUCCAAACUAUCAUCAUUCAACGAUAUAACCUACCCAUCACCCUGGUAUUGGUACGGCAAAGUCCGCUAUAACGAAACCGAAGAUCCACAGUGGACAGAGAAAGAAGACAAAAUCUACUGGCGAGGUUCAACCACCGGCGGCUUCAGUCGCGACGGAGGAUGGCGACGCCAACAUCGUCAGCACGUGGUCCAAAAGAUCAAUGCCCUCGACCAAGCCAAAAUUCUCGUCAAUCGCGGCGACGAAAGCAAAGAAGACUGGCAAGUCAAACAAGUCCCUCGUACCGAACACAACGCCAUCUUCGAUAUCUACUUCUCCCACGUUGGCCAAUGCGACCCCAACGACUGUAAAGCGCAAAACGCAUUCUUCGACAUCAAGAAAACAGCCAAACAGGAAGACGCAUGGAAAUACAAAUACCUUCUCGACAUUGACGGAAACGCUUUUUCGGGUCGUUUCUAUGCGUUCCUUAAGAGCAGGAGUCUCGUGUACAAACUUGCGAUUUUCAAGGAGUGGCAUGGUGAGUGGUUGAGGCCGUGGGUGCAUUAUAUCCCGCUGAGUUUGAAGGGUGAUGAGUGGGUUGAGGCUGUCCGCUAUUUUGCGGGUGAGGCGACGGGGAAGAAAGAGGCGGAACGGAUUGCAUUGCAGGGACGCGAGUGGGCGGAUAAGGUACUCAGGAAUGAGGAUUUGGAGGUCUGGUUGUUUAGGUUGUUAUUAGAAUAUGGGCGUCUCGUAGAUGACGAUCGAGAGACGAUUGGGUAUUAUACCCCUUCUCUCGGCGCUGCCUGA